AUGGAGGAGCUGCCGCUGCCCGCCGGCGUCAGCCCCAGCACCUUCCCCGCCAAGCUGUGGCAGCUGGUGAACAGCCCCCGCGUCCGCUCCGUGCGCUGGGACGCCCGCGCCCAGGGGCUGCUCGUCGACCGGGCGCUCUUCGAGCGGGAGCUGCUGAGCGCGGGCGGCGCGGGCGGCGAUGCGGCGGCCCCGGGCGCCUUCAAAGCCACCAACUUCGGCAGCUUCGUGCGGCAGCUCAACCUCUACGGCUUCCACAAGACGCCGGUGCUGGCGGGGGGCGGUGCCGCGGGCCUGCCGGGCUCCGCCGGGGCCCUGCUCCGCUUCUGCAGCCCCUACUUUCGGCGCGACCGCCCCGAGCUCCUGGUGCACAUCAAGCGCCUGACCAGGGCCAACAGGGAGCGGAUGGCGGCCGGGCUGGAGGUGCGCAGCCGGCAGCCCAGCCGCUUCCAGCAGCUCCACAGGGACCGGCUGCUGCCGCCCGGGGCCGUGACCUUGAGCCAGAACCUCUUUACGUUGCCAGCCAGAGGUUUAAAUUUGUCUCCAGUCCCUACCACGUCAAGUCAAGGUGCUCAAGGCUGUGAGGCUUCUGCAGCACCUCCCAGUAAAGUGGUUGUCACUCCAGGGCUCCUCAGGUUUUCAGGGGAGGUCCCGAUCACAUCCAAAUCCACAGUGCAGCCUGUGCUCUUCCUGCCACUGCUUCACCAAAGGCCUCAAAGUGCUGCCAUGGCCCUUCCAGAGCACAGCAGCUGCACAGCUUCAGAGCAGAACUCACCAGCCUACAAUCCAGCAGCCUCUCUGGGGAGUUCAGCCCCCCAUUCUCUGACUGGCAGUGCUGGUUCUGCAGCAUCAACGACCUCCAGCUGGGCCUGUAAUCCCUCUGCUGCAGACGAGUGGGCAGGAGUAGAUCUGGAAGUUGUGUUUCAGAUGCUUGAGGAGGUACUUGCAUCAAACCUGCCUGAAAUGUUUCCCUUUCUUGAGGGGAAUAUUAGUGUUCCCUCUGAGUCUUCAGGAGGGGAGCCUGUGACCAAGGCUGCAGAAGAGAAAGCUCUACCUGGCAACAUGAGCAGUGGGAACAGUCCCCUGGAGCCAAAGGAGCCUGAGGUCCAUGAGCUGUACCUCGCCAGGAGAGCUGCUCUGCGUGGGAGGAAGCGACCGAGGGAGAGCCUGUGAAACAGGGCAGCUGGAAUCCCUCUGUAGAUAGUUAUAUUUAAAGAUGCGUAUAGUUACAUUUAUAUAUAUAGUUGCAUAGUUAUAUUUAUAGAUGUAUAGAGAUGAAA